AUGCUUCCCAAAUUUCUCCAUGGUCCCUCAUUCAUCAGCGGAGCUGCACGGGGAAUCGGAAAGGCUACUGCGUUUGCGUUUGCAAAAUACGGAAGCCCCCAAAUUGCUAUUGCUGACGUUAAUGCGGCCCUGUUAAAGCAAACAGCCCAAGAAUUGAAGGAUGCCUAUCCGGAUGUUGAUGUUUUGCCAAUCGAGUUCGACGCCGCCAAUGCAGACUCCACUGCCAAGGCUGUUAAAACUGCCUCCUCAAAGUUUGGGCGGAUUGACCAUGCGGUAAACAAUGUUGGCAUUCCUGGACCCCUGGCGCCCAGCGCAUCCAUCCCGACGAAGGAUUUCAAGAAUCUUCUUGAUAUCAAUUUGACGAGUAUGUGGAUCGCGCAGAGGGAACAAAUUAAAACUAUGCUUCAACAGGAACCUAUUCAGCAAGAGUUCGGGAAGAUUCGAGGCACAAUUGUAAAUUUAUCGUCUAUUUGGGGCGGAUUUGGCUCCCGAGAUUUCCCUACGAUGACAGCCUAUGUUACAAGUAAGCACGGCAUUAUAGGUCUAACAAAAAGUGAUGCGAACCAAUACGCCUCGGAAAACAUACGGAUCAAUGCUAUUUGCCCAGGUUUUACGAUGACCCCCAUCAUAGGAACCAUUGGUCCAGAAAUGCAAUAUAUUCUUGACCAGGGAAUGCACCGCACAGCAAUGAAAAGAUUUGCUCAGCCUGAAGAGCUCGCUAAUAGCAUCACGUACUUGAGUUCUUGGAUGAGCUCGUUCAUGAGCGGCGAGGCCAUGCUGGUAGAUGGUGGAUUCUCUUCUUAA